AUACACAUCCAAGCAGAGCAAGCACCGCGGACACCGUGGUGCCUGACGAGAAAGUUUUCAGUCACUGACUUAGCAGAAGUGUGGAUACAACGAGAGAAGCCUUCUGAGCAGAUUCACUCAUUAUCCUUCCGCUUCUUCAGUAGAAAGUAAAUAGUUCCCUGGGUCGAGACUGUGCGCGCUCAGUUCAAGUUCGGAACUUUUUUCUCUGUACGCACAGAUUUUUUGGGACGUUUUUGGGAACCAGACGCCUUUUUCUUUCUCAGCUGACAAACCAGGAAGAAAGAAGAACAGAGAGUUGUUUUGUAAGAGACUUUUCUUAAUUGUUUUUGGUUUCUCUUCUAUGUCUACCAAGAUGGAAACUACUUUUUAUGACGACUCACUCAACGCUUUCUCCCAGCAUGACAACACGGGCUACGGAUACAAAGCACUGAAACACAACAUGACACUGAACCUCGGCGACCCGACCGGGACCCUCAAGCCUCAUCUCCGGGGGAAAGCCGGCGACAUCCUGACCUCUCCGGACGUGGGGCUGCUGAAGCUGGCAUCUCCGGAGCUGGAGAGGCUCAUCAUCCAGUCCAGCAACGGCCUCAUCACCACCACCCCGACCCCGACCCAGUUCCUCUGCCCGAAGAAUGUCACCGACGAGCAGGAGGGCUUCGCGGAGGGUUUCGUGCGCGCUUUGGCGGAGCUCCAUCACCAGCACAUGCCCGCCACCACCAAUGUGAGUGUAACCUCAGCCCCCCAGACCAGUGUCAACACCGCCCUGCCACCUGUUUCAUCCGUCGCCGGUGCCACGGGUUACAACAACAGCGCGGCCACCAUGCGCUCUGAUUCACCGGUGUACGAGGACUUGAACACUUUCAACCCGGCCAUCAGCACCGUCUCGGCGCCCAAUUACACGACCUCAGCCCCCACCAUGUCCUUCUCCACUGCCCCGCCACAGCUCCCCAUCUACGGGCAGCCCUCCGGCCCCCUCUCGCGCAUCUCGGCGCUCAAAGAGGAGCCGCAGACCGUCCCGGAGAUGCCGGGGGAGACGCCUCCUCUGUCCCCGAUCGACAUGGAGAGCCAGGAGCGCAUCAAGGCCGAGAGGAAGCGGAUGAGAAACCGCAUCGCCGCUUCCAAAUGCCGGAAGAGGAAACUGGAGCGGAUCUCGAGGCUGGAGGAGAAAGUGAAGACCCUCAAGUCCCAGAACUCAGAGCUCGCAUCCACCGCCAACAUGCUGCGCGAGCAGGUGGCCCAGCUGAAGCAGAAGGUGAUGAACCACGUCAACAGCGGGUGCCAGCUUAUGCUAACGCAGCAGCUCCAGACCUUCUGAGGGGGGUAGACUGUGCCGGAGAGGAAGAGACUGUGGUUGAACGAGACGGACACUUCUUAUGAUAGUGAGUGGCUGUGUCUCCCGAAAUCGUGACAGGAUUUGGGAUGAUGUGGCGCGAGACUGGCAGGACCGGGGACCGGCACUUUUCCUGUAGUGCCAUGCGCUCCCCGGUGGCGCGUCCCAGAGAGGGGCUCUGGACAGGGACACAACUCACGACCCAGAGGGGAGACGGCAACAAGCAGGAUAACUUUCUGUUUUGUUUAAAUGCUGUUUUUUUUUUAUACAGAUCAGGACAGGGCUAAACUUUUGUUGCUUUCCACCCAUCUCUGCAUGGACCUGAUCACGACCAUCACAGAAGAAAUUCAGUAUUAGAGGAUUUAAGAACCUGCAAUAGAGACUCUCUUUGCUGUAGCCAUAUGGCGUCAAACUUUGGCGUGCUGGCCAACUCUAAAAAGCUGAAAAAGUUGUAACAAAAGCUGCCUGACUUCUGAGUUAUAGUACAACGUACUUUUUCUUAAUUGUAAGAAAUUGUUAAGUUAGAAAAGCUUCAAGAUUUACUUGUUUCUUUCUAAAGUUGUUUAAUGGGGUUUCACUCAUUGUUAUAUGUAUAUAAGAUCAACUUGGAGUACUUAUGUUUACCAUUUGUAAUAAGAAUACUGUAUAAUUUUUUAUGUUUGUUUUCUGAGCACUUCAGAAACUAAUCAAUAUUUAAGAAAAUAAACUAAAUAAAAUGAA